AUGGCACACCCCUACUACCCUGUCCGACAAGACAUCGGAGGGUACAUAGCCAACGCGAGCAGCACCCUCAAUUUACUAUCAAUCUUCGUUGCAGGAUUGGCCAUGUCUGCAUUUAUUUUGACAAUAAGACUGUAUCCUAGGACAUCAUUCGGUGAUUUAUGGACCAUUGUAUGGUUUGCGUUAUGUGAAAAAUACCACUUCAUCCCUGGCGGCUGCGUUCACCUUUUCUUCGAAGGUUAUUUUGCAUACAACUUUAGACGCAUGCCUGCUAUGACGGAUGUUUUUGGACAGCUGUGGAAAGAGUACUCACUGUCGGACUCUCGUUAUCAAACGCAAAGUGCCUUCGUGCUGUGCAUGGAGAGCGUGACUGCCUUUAUCUGGGGUCCUUUGUCAUUUGCAAUGGUGUUUCGGAUAAUUCGAGAUCACCCUUUGCGCCAUGCAGUGCAACUAAUUUUUUCGCUUGGACAACUAUAUGGUGUUAUCCUAUACUAUGCGACGAGUCUUUUCGACCAUUACGUACUUGAUAUCGCAAACUCCAGGCCAGAAUCUCAGAGAUUCUGGGGAUAUUUUAUCCUCUGCAAUGGUUUCUGGGUCAUAGUCCCUUCAAGUAAGCUCUGA